AUGGCGGUAAUACAACUGUACCGACCCUCAGCCCCAUCACGAAAUGUGAAGAAGUCGACUAGUGCUACUGUUAUUGAUCACCAUGUCGGUGUAGAAGAAGGAAAACAAAACCCAGAACCACCACCCUGUUCCGAAAACGGAGUCUUUAAAAUGGCAGACGAGGAGGAGAGGGGGGUGGUUCGUGUCAAAGUCAAGAAAUGUGACGGGGUGUUUCCUGUGGAGUUUCGCUCCUUCGCCGUUGAUCCCCAGAUCACGUCGCUGGAGGUCCUGCAGCACAUUCUCAUCAGGGCCUUUGAUUUGAACGGGAAGCGGAAUUUCGGGAUCAGUUACCUGUCUCGAGAUCGGAGCGGUGCUGAAACGUACCUGUCUCUGCUGUCCGACUGGGAUUUGGAUGUCGCAUUUGUCGGUGCAGCAAAAUCACAUCUGCAGCUCAAGAUGGACAUAAAACCUUCAGAAGACAGUCCUGUUAUGGAGGAGUGGGACAUCAUCAGCCCCAAAGACGUGAUUGGCUCCGAGCAGCUACUCACGGAGCGGACUCGGUCUUUGGCAUCUGCAGCUCUUCCCUUCACACAGUCUCUACUGUCCCAGGUGGGCCGCACGCUGAACAAAGUCCAGCAGGCCCUCAGCUGGUCUUACGGGGAGGAGAUCAAGCCUUUCAAGCCCCCCCUGAGCGACGCAGAGUUUCACAAUUACCUCAACGGACAGGGCCAGUUGUCCCGACCCGAGGAACUGCGACUGCGCAUCUACCACGGCGGCGUGGAGCCUUCACUGCGCAAGGUCGUUUGGCGGUACCUGCUGAACGUCUACCCCGACGGACUGAGCGGACAGGAGAGAAUGGACUACAUGAAGAGGAAGACGAGGGAGUACGACCAGCUGAAGAGGGAGUGGACCGCCCGGGUCAGCCACGAGGACCUGGAAUUCAUCCGUGGGAAUGUUCUGAAAGACGUCCUGCGGACGGACCGGGCUCACCCGUACUACGCGGGCUCAGAAGACAGCCCCCAUCUGACCGCCCUCACAGACCUGCUCACUGCGUUCGCCAUCACACAUCCACAGAUAUCAUACUGUCAAGGCAUGAGUGAUAUUGCCUCCCCAAUCCUUGCGGUAAUGGACAACGAGGCACACGCCUUCAUUUGCUUUUGUGGCAUCAUGAAACGCUUGGAGGGGAACUUCCAGCCGGAUGGCCAGCUCAUGUCCGUCAAGUUCCAGCAUCUGAAGCUGCUUCUGCAGUACUCGGAUCCCGAAUUCUACUCUUACCUGGUGUCCCGAGGAGCUGACGACCUCUUCUUCUGCUACCGCUGGCUGCUCCUGGAGCUCAAGCGAGAGUUUGCGUUUGACGACGCUCUGAGGAUGCUCGAGGUGACGUGGAGCUCGCUGCCCCCGGAUCCUCCAGAAACCGAAGUGGAGCUCCUGGGACCGCCGGUGGACUCGGACGAAGCGGCGUCCCGCAGAGGGAAGGCCAAGACGGUUGAGAACGGUCUCGGAGACGAUAAGGAACAAAAGGAGAAUCAGCGUACACACAUGCUGAGGCCUUCGAGAGAAGAACCAGAUGUGAGCAGGAAUGUCGCCAUGGAGAAAACAGAGAGGAGCAAUGUCGGAGCUGAAAAGGAAAGCGAGGCGGGUGAAUGUGAAGUUCCUCAAGCGGCCGUGGAAAAGGCGGAUUGGCAGGCUCCGUCUCUUGAGAGGCAAACUAGUUUCGGGGAGUUUAAAUACUACUCUGCCCGAAGUGAAGAUAGCUUCCACAUGGAGGACGCUGAGCUGCCGCAGCGUUUGGUGUCUUCACAGUCAGCGACGAGCAUCGCAAGGCGCCAGUCCACGGCUGAUAGUGAGGAGGACCCAGGAGAGAGAACACCUCUCAUAAAAACCGGCGACAAUGGUUUCGCUCCAAUAUCGUCGCCCCCUCUGUUUCCUAGUGGCCUUCCGAUCUGGAAAACCGGCCCCUCUGUCUCCCCUACAUCUUCAGCGUCGCCCUCCAGCUGGCCAGGUUCUUCUCCAGACUCUCCUCCAAAACCCCCAUCUCCAUCCACGACCAGUGGAAGUGAGGCCUUACUGAGAACUGUCCCAAAAGUACUGACCAACUCUGCCCAGGUGCUCAGCAGUACAGGGAUUAACUCGCCCACAACCCCCACAGUAAAAACCUCCGUUGCGUCUCCAAACCACGCUCUGAGUCGAUCCUUACUCGCUUCGCCCAUUUUGUCCUUCGGAAGAGGCCCGUCGCUGUCUGGCGGCCGGUCGUCCUACAACAGUCUCCCUUCGCCCGGCAACAAGUCCCCCAGCACCACAGCUAACACGCCCAGUUCUUCAAAAGCUGAGACCACCAGCAUCAAGCCGUGUUCCCUGCCGCCGCCUCAAGAGUUUGGCAAAGGCAACCCCUUCAUGCUGUUCCUGUGCCUGUCCAUCCUGCUGGAGCACCGAGACCACAUCAUCAAGAACGGCUUGGACUACAACGAGCUGGCCAUGCACUUUGAUCGCCUCGUGCGGCGCCACAUGAGCCGGGUGCUGCAGCGAGCCAAGGCCUUAUUCGCCGACUACUUGCAGAGUGAAGUGUGGGACUCGGAGGAAGGGGACGAGGUCAGCUCGGACUCUCCGACGACAGCCACCGCAGCUCAGCACUCCCCCUCUUCUACCAGCUCUGCCAGGCCCAUUUACAGCCCCUUGGCGUCCCCUCAGUCGUCAUCUCCGAACUCGACCUAUAACCUCGCGACCACCAUCCCCUCCCCAACAGCUCCAGUUUCCCUUUCUCCCGUCUCCUGAUUCCACCAUGCGUCACUGGCUUCCUGUUCCCAGUGAACUCUCCUCUGUAGACUUGGUUUGUCGCCCAUUGGUUGGAGAGGUUUGUCUUUUUUUUAUACAGCCUUCCACAUUGAAUUGGGCUGUGAAUGGGUAACUAAGUUUUUGUUGUUGUUGUUUUUUUUCCACCUGGACCCAUGUUUUUGUGUUGAAGUGACUGAUGGGAGCAAGAAUAAUUUUGGAAAUCGGUCCAGUAUUAAGCAAGAACGCUGCAGUCAACACAAGCUACAAUGACAGUUAUGGGCAAUUUCCCAACUUCAAUUUACAUCCACUAAAAGUGUUUUUUUUUUUUUUUUUACCACUGACGGGCUCAAAUUAAUAUUUUAAGUAUCUGACAACAUUAUGAAAAGGAUCCCUACAGAGAUAGAUCCUAUUUGUUUAACAUGAAUCAUCCCCGAAAUCGCUGUUGCGUGACUCGCCAAACGACACUUAAAUUAACAGUAAUUUUGUCAUCGUAAGACACACUUCAUUCAAAGUCGACAGAAACAAAAUAAAACUACCAAAAAUCCAUCUUGGUUCGUCUUUCCACUGUUCCAACUGUCACCACUCUGGUUUGGGUGAAAUAAACCUUUAAUUUACCCAUUUACAUGUGGAAAUAUGCUGCUCUAUACACGCUAAAAGUAGUGAUUAUUUACAUGGAGUCUGGUGGGUUUGGAUAUUCGAUUUCUGAGCUGUUUCUGGUUAAAGAAAAAGGAUAUUACUCUUUAACAAAAAGGUCUAUAUCUCAGUAGGAAUCCUUUCCAUAGUGUUGUCAGACACUUAUAAUAUAAUAAUAAUUUGAGCUGGGGCUGGGCGAUAUGGAGAAAAUCAAAUAUCACGAUAUUUUUGACCAAACACCUUGAUAUCGAUACCGCAACGAUAUUAGUAGUAGUAGUAGUAGUAGUGUUGACUAUUGGUGCUUUCACAAAAUAUUGACACAAUGAGAUUUUUGAUGAACAAUCAUCAGUAAUGUGGAUGUAAUGACUACGUGGGUAAAGGUAAAUAAUAGAACAGUUACAACAGUCUGGUAAGUUAAGAAAAUGGCAUCACUUUACUGUACUUACAACCAGUAAAAGACACCACUUCCACAUUACAAUAUCCAAAAUAAGACGAUCUCUAGUCUCAUAUCUCAAUAUCGAUAUAAUAUCGAUAUAUUGCCCAGCUCGCGGCCCGGUGCGUUCUUGACCAAUUUUGUAAAUUUGCGUUCACGUUAAUCACUUAAACACACAAAUGCAUGAGAACAUAGGGUCCAGGUUGGAAGAAAAAACGAAAUUAACCUUUAAUGAUAUUCUCAUCCUGUGUAUGAUUGAAUACAUAGUUACUUCUAUUUAUUAUUACUUACGUCUGUAAUCGUAAUAAUUGAUUUUUAAAUCAACCGUUAAAGCUCGGCUGUUUUAUUGUCUGUCCUGGAGAGAGGGAUGACGGAGCUUGAUUUCUCAAGGUUCCCGAUGCAUGACACGUUAAACCCUGGGGGUUCUGGUGGAGGUUUACGAGAACCAACAACCACCUGGUGCAUUUAGCCUGCGUUGCCCUUUUUAUGAACUUUGUUUACAAGCUCCUCUUAUGUCCAAUGAGCCACAAAAGUGUCUUAACUAAAGCACUUGAGUUAGUUUUAAAGAUUAGGGAAAAUAGGGACUCUGAUUUGUUGUCAGUCUUUCACGAGGUGAACUGAUGACGACCAUAGACUGUAAAAAAAAAAAAAUGUGCGUCGCCAUUUUGUUUGUUUUUUGCAACCGGAUGUGAUGCCUUUUGUCGGCAGAAAGACAAACAAGACGUUUGUAGGCGACCAAAAUGUUCCAGUUAACUUUAAUGAAGUGAAAACACAAUGAGACUGGCUAAGUUUGAGAUGAAAACACAGUGUUAGCAUGGUUAGCAUCGCUAGGCCUCUGUCCUGACUGACGGGUCCUGAAGCGUCAGCUGCUUUAUCGUCUGUUUUAAAAUAAACGGGAGCAUCAUUUACUAAAUG